AGGUUCUCUGGAAACAUGGAGGAAUAGUGUUGAACACGGAUAUACAGUAUUUUGAACUAAUUGAUUGUAUAUGAACCGAUGUACUUUUCAUCUUUCACAUUGGAGCUGUUUGAAUUAGUUUAAAGGAGUCAGUAUUUAUGCGUUUGGGAUCACCUGGAGCCUCCCGCACUCUUCCUGUUGAAGGUUUAGGACUGCAGCAGUGAUGGAUGACAUAGACGUCGAGCAGCAGGAGCCGUUUCCUGUGGACCGAGAUGGACGACGGAUAAGGAUGGAAGAAGAAGACGAGCCUGAUGGGAACAGGAAGCUAGGGUGUUGUGAGAAGUUUCAGCGGUUGGUCUCCAAAUGGAUGCUCCCAGAGGACCACCGCAAAGGGUACAUGGAGCGGGCCAACUGCUGCCCGCCUCCCAUCUUCAUCAUUCUCAUCAGUAUUGGAGAGUUGGCAGUGUUUAUCUACUACGCUGCAUGGAAGCCACAGAAGCAGUGGGUGACCCUGGAUGAAGGCAUCUGGAACAGCCCCCUGACAUAUAAGCCGGAUGAGAGACAGGAAGCAUGGCGCUUUAUCUCCUACAUGUUUGUCCAUGCUGGUGUGGAGCACAUCCUGGGGAACCUGGUGAUGCAGCUUCUGCUGGGCAUCCCGUUGGAACUGGUCCAUAAAGGAUUUGAAGUGGGAAUGGUUUACCUUGCUGGCGUCUUGGCCGGCUCUCUCGCCAGCUCCAUCUUUGAUCCUCUCCAUGCCUUGGUGGGGGCUUCUGGGGGUGUUUAUGCCCUCAUUGGAGGUUAUUUUAUGAAUGCAGUGGUGAAUUUCCGAGAGAUGAUUCCUCUCCUUGGAGUGUUUCGUAUCCUUGUCAUAGUGGUUAUUGUUGGCACAGAUGUUGGAUUUGCCUUCUACAGAAGAUUCGUCAGCCAUGACGACGUUAAGAAGGUGUCUUUUGUGGCCCAUUUUGGAGGAAUUGUGGCUGGGAUGACCAUCGGCUACGUCUUCUUCAGCGCCUACAACAAAAAGCUACUGAAAGAUCCACGUUUCUGGCUUUGUAUAGUGGGCUAUGUAGUCUUUGUGAUCUUUGCUAUACUCUUCAAUAUCUUCCUCUCACCAGCACCAUGAAUCUGCA